AAUUUAUCUGACAACCGUACGCUCUACUCGAGUGGUAUCAACGCCAGAUGGUACUUCGUACUCGAUUUCGAAUCCACUUGCUAUCAGAAUACGCCUGUUGGCUUUACUCCUGAGAUCAUUGAAUUUCCUGUUGUCGUCAUGGAUGCAAAGAGUGGCGAGGUGGUUUCUUCCUAUCGUAGGUUUGUGAGGCCCACCGAAUUUCCUAAUCUAAGCGAAUUCUGCAUAAAAUUCACCCAUAUUGACCAGCCUGCUUUUCUAGUUGAAUCUCAAAAGUCCACAGUCGAUUCUUCUGAUGAACUAGGUUAUGUAUUAAAGGACUUUGACUCUUGGUUAAAAGAACAAAAGAGUCUUCUAAAAUGUGAAUUCAAAAGUGAUGCAGAAAACCCGGCCGUUUUCGUCACUUGGACCGGUAACAGUGAUAUAACUGUCUUACCUUCAGACUGGGAUGUGCGCGUAUGCUUAUGGGAUGAAUGCAGGCGCAAGAAACUUCCUAUUCCAGGUGACUUGCUUACGCGUAUUGAUCUCAAGGCAAUUUUCCAGAUAUUGAAUCCCGCUAGCACUUGGCCAAAGGAAAGUUGCUUUCACUCAAUUUUGUUGUACUGGGUUCGGUGA